UGUCCGUGUCGGUAGCUUUUCCUCUGCAGCUCGUCUGCUGUCUGUGUUGUCUUGUGUGCAUGUGGAGAGUGUGUGGGAGCGCAGGAACGUGUGCUCAGGUCCUUUUCACAAAGAACCUGGACACUUGGUGUGUGUGUGUAUGUGUGUGUGUGUGUGAGAGAGAGAGGGGGGGUGCAUGUUGUAAUGUAUUUAGAUACUACCUUUCAUCAUUUGCACGUAUGAAAAAAGAGCUGAGUUAGUUGGUUUCAGUUGAUUGUAGUCGAGAGAAGAUGUCCACUGACUACCAGAAGACCACUGCCAAGGCCAUCCCGUCGACCAGGGGGGUUACCAUCGGCGACUCGGCGCACAUGCCCCAUGACUACUCCACGACUCCCGGAGGGACCCUGUUCAGCACGACCCCAGGCGGUACCAGGAUCAUAUACGACCGAAAGUUCCUGCUGGAGUGUCGCAGCUCUCCGGUGGCCAAGACUCCUCCACAGGGUCUGCCCAUCAUUCCAGGUGUGACCAGUCCUCCCACCAGUGACACCAGUGAGAAGGCCCAUAAUGGAGAACUUCUGAACAGCAGCAACAACAUCACUGCAACUGAUAGCGCCAACACUGGUGAUGACUCACAGUUUGAAAUGGACAUCUAGUUAGUCCUGGAACGAGUGUGAAGAUGUCAGACCUUCCAACGAGAUUCUGUGCCGAGACGCUCUGGAGCACUUUCUCUUCUCCCAUCAUCCAUUCCAUCAGGACGGAGGUUCACCUUUUGUAUCUCCAGUGUCUUAGUGUUUUGAAGUCUGUGAAAAAUCCCAUUUGCUUGUUUUGCCCAGAACAAACCUGUAAUGGAACUUAUGCUGUCUGCCUCAAGGCUUAAACCUGAUUUUCUUCACGACAAAGUGUGCCUUCGUGUAGUGGCUACAAGUUUAAAAAUCAGUGACUGACAAGCACACAACACCAACAAAGCCUCAUCCACAAGAACUGAGAUAAACUCAUGAAAAUUAAGAUUGAUUUGGAAAAAAAGAAUAACUGAAAUUAGUGGAGUUUAUAACCAUUCCAGGAGGGUUUGUCAAUUGAUGUGCUUUCAUUUCCACACAGUUGCUUCUCUUCAGAUAUUGUCUUGAAAUGUUCAAAUUACUGUAUAAUUUGUCAAUCUCCACUAGAAGUGUCAUACAGAGAAUGUAAAACAUAAUUUUGUUGCUCACAUUUUCAGACUUUCACACUGUUUGUACGGCGACAAAACAUUAAAGCAAAUUAAUGCAAACAACA